AUUCAUUCUUUCCUAGAAUCUAGCUAUGCAAUUCAGCUCAGUUCGUCCGCUCAGAAUGGCAAUCAGCGGUUAGGCGAUGACCUGUCAAUUCUGCAAUGGCAAAUGGAGCGUCGGCGCCCAUACCCACGCCUCAGUUUCCCACGCAUAAUGCUCCGCGGGUGUGGCUCUUGACAUCUGGAGACUCCCCUAUUGGCAUUUCGGUUGCGAAGCAAGUCCUCGACCAUGGGGACUAUGUUGUCUCUGGCAUUAUACAGGCCGACUUUGAGGAUGAGAGCGUACGAAGUGAAGAGUUUAAGAACUUCCUUUCCGAAGUGGUGCGAACAAACGGAUGGAAAGACCGAUUGAAAAUUGUACCAUUAGAUAUCAGACAUGUUAGGCAAUGUCAGGCAGCUAUUGCAGAAGCGGUCCAUGUCUUCAAGAAGGUUGACAUCUUGUUCUGCUGCACCAGCGAGGCAAUCAUUGGAACGGUUGAAGAACUUUCAGCGAGCCAGCGGACGUUGACGAUGGUCCGAGAUCAAUUCGAGAAGAAUUUCUUCGGGCCAAUGAAUAUAAUCAAAUCUGUCAUCCCUCACAUGCGGACGUUGAUGAAUGGACACAUCAUAGUACUUGCUGGCAUCACUGGUCAUCUUGGGACACCUGGCCUUAGCAUGUAUUGUGCGUCGGGGUGGGCAUUGGAAGGCUUCUGCGACAGCAUUGCCUAUGAGAUAGCCCCCUUCAACAUCAAACUGACAAUUGUCCAAGCCAGCGUGGAAAUCGGGAUUCUGACCAAUAAAAUCACAUCUGCCCCUCCGAUGAAAGAAUACUCAAGGGACUUUGGGCACACCGCUCCCAAUUUCCGGGGCCUGUUGGAUGGACUGAUCAACCGGCUGCCAGGAAUACGAGCUCAAUAUCCUCCACCUCCAGAAAGGGAAAUUCAGUCACCAUCUUCGGAAGCGGAACGACAAAGUGGGCCUUACCUGCUCAGUCGCAAUGAAGUGGUCAGCUUGUAUCCGCCUUUGAGCCAUGCUCACACAGAAAAGUUGAUAGCCGAGACCGUCCAUGCACUGACUGCUAUUGGUGGGCACGAAAACCCUCCAGCAAGACAUAUUGUCGGGGUCGAAGGCGUAGCUAGCGUCAAGGAGAAACUCAAGACUGUAAGUGAGGAGCUGGAGGAAUUUGUGGACACCAGUGCAUCGGCCGAUAUUGUAAGACAAGGACCCGGGGUUGGACGUGCAUCAAGCGUGGUGGAUGUGGAUAUCAAGGAUCUGGAGGGCGAUGUCUUUGAUGCCUCUUUGGGCUUGCGCUGAGAGUGUUCUUCUGUUCAUACACCGCCAAUCAAUGUUUCAUCGUCGGUUG